GCAAUAAAUGAUACUCCUGACUACUGUUUGUCUUUUUUGUUGUAAACUAAUUCGUAUUUAUAUUUAGGCCUACUAUGUCUUUUCUAAUUUCCAUCGUACAAUGUACUCUAUCAAAAGUUUUAUUCAGAAGAGGAUCCCGGAAGAUUUUGAGCACUUUCUUCCAAAUCAUGAAGUGGAACUCAACGAAUGCAUCCGAAUCUAUGCAGGACAACCCCAGCGAGGAAAAUUCUAGAUAUAGGCUUCAUUUAAACGAAAGAAAAAAAUACGAAUGUUUGAAUUGCAGUCGACGCUUCACUCAAAAAACAACUAUAAUGAGACACCUGCGGUAUUUUUGUCUGAGAGGUCAUCAAUACAAGUGCCCCUAUUGUGACAUAAAAGGCUCCUGUUCAUCAAAUAUUUACAGACAUGUCAGGGCUAGACAUACUGGAAGAGAAGCUCGUGCCAUAAAAUUAUUCUCCUCUAUGGAUCCACGUACUGGCCAAAUCUUUCACCAAAGAUGUACGACUACCCACAAUCAUUUCUGUCCCUUCUGCUAUCGUGGUUUCACUCUUAGGAAGAAUAUGUUACGACAUUUACGUUUACGCUGUCCACAAACGACAGAAGGAUAUCAAAAUUUUACUCCAUAAUGAUCUAAAAAUCAAACCUAUAUGUAGAUGUAAAAUAAUAUUUUUUGAAGUUACAAACUUUUUUCUAAUCUUACAAAUUGCGAGCUUAAAACAUAUCCCGAAUUUAAGUUAUUCCAAAUUAUCUAAGUUUUUUUACCAAAGGUAUUCUUGAUGA